AUGCCAGGAAAAGUCAAAGUAAAAAUUUUAUCAGGCCGUAAUUUACCGGUUAUGGAUCGUUCGAGUGACACAACGGAUGCAUAUGUAGAAAUAAAAUUGGGUAAUACAACAUAUAAAACCGAUGUUUGUAGAAAGUCGUUGAAUCCUCAAUGGAAUUCCGAAUGGUAUCGAUUUGAAGUUGAUGAUUCUGAACUUCAAGAUGAACCGUUGCAAAUUCGUUUAAUGGAUCACGAUACUUAUUCCGCAAACGACGCAAUAGGAAAAGUUUAUUUGGAUUUAAAUCCUUUAUUACUUCCUAACGUACCUGCUCCAAUAGCUUCUGGAGGAGGAUCAAUAAUGUCUGGCUGGAUACCAGUUUAUGACACCAUGCAUGGAAUCAGAGGAGAAGUUAACAUCAUUGUCAAGGUUGAACUUUUUUCUGAUUUCAAUAAAUUUCCUCCUGUUAUUCCUCAAGGAUAUCAUGCUCAAGUCAUUCAUGGAUUUGUAGAAGAGUUAGUCGUUAAUGAUGAUCCAGAAUAUCAGUGGAUUGAUAAAAUUCGAACACCGAGAGCUUCGAAUGAAGCUAGGCAAACAUUAUUUUUUAAACUUUCUGGAGAAAUACAAAGAAAAAUUGGAUUAAAAGCAUUAGAUUUAGGUGGUAAUGCAGUUAUAGGGUACAGUCAAAAUUUCGAUCUCGAAGGUGAAUCUGGAAUUGUUGCAAGAGGAAUAGGUACUGCAGUAACAUUAACAAAAAUACAAGACAACUCAAUUCCACUGGAUACAAAUUUUCAAAAUGAUAAGAGUGCGACUGCUUUAUAUUGUUAUCCGUCGCAUGAGUAUGAAAGCACCCUUUCUAGUGUCCUAAUCGCUCCAGACUACAAAGAGCAUGGUCCCUGCUUGAUCCCGUCCUCCAGGAACGAUUCCGAUGCUGCCGCCAAUCGCAUUCCAGGCUCGGGAACUCCGAACGCUUCCAAUCAAGUUAACUCGCAGCAUCCGCCGGUAGGAGCCAAAUCUUCCCACUCUCCGGCCAAAGUCAAUUCGGUCCCAUGCAUUCACCGACGAUCAUCAGAUUCGGAUUUGAGCAUCACUCCUAAAGGAAAUAGUCUGACCGGUAGUGACAGAUCCUACGGGCCAAAAGAUAGUCACUGCAGGCAAAAUUCUCUACUGAUUAGACCGUCGAUGAAUCAAGAAAAUUUGGAUAUGCUGGAAUAUCCUUUUCUGACAAUGUUGAAAUAUCCACCUGGAUUUAUACAGCAUUUGGGAGGAACGGUUAGCGCGAGAUCCGUCAAAUUGCUGGAAAGGAUAACGAAUCUCGAAGAGCCGGAAACGAGAGAUGCUUGGUGGACGGAACUAAGAAUGGAAGUCAGGUCUCACGCAAGAGCUAUGGGUUGUAACGUCGUGGUAGGAUAUUCGGAAAAUACAAGCAUAUGCGAUGACGUUUGCGUACUUAGUGCUUCCGGUACUGCUGCACUAAUAAACCUUAAUGCUUCCGUAUCUGACAGUGACUUGCAAAAUCAAAGUAAAGAAAUAAUGACGGCGUCUUUGGACCGUUGCGAUUUCGAAAAAGAAAGCAAAACCAACAAUAAGCAGAUCGUGGAUAAAUCUGGAGAUUCCGCGAUGGUGGGCACAGGAGUUAAUAUCGUUUCUAAACCGCGAAAUCCUCCCGACGGUUCUUUAGAUGUCGAUGUUGUCGCUUGCACGGUGUGUCACAUUCCCUACAGCGAAACAAGCGUACCCUUCCGUGUGAACAUGCAAAAAUGCGCUGUUUGUGGUCGUGGAAAAGUUCCAGACGUUCUCUUCACCACAAUCGAUUUGAUCGACAAUGUUCCCACUAUUGGUAAAGGUUCAUUUAUACACGCUUACGUGUGCAGACCCAAAAGAGAUUGUAAGGGAGAAAUGAACGCUAAAGAAAUAUCCGACGGUUUGCCAUUUUUAGAAUACGAGUUGCACAGACUUCUUAUAAAUAAAUUAAAGGUUAAGGGAAUGAACACAAUAUUUGGCCUUAAGGUUCAGGUUUCAAUAGGUGAAAAAAUACUCAUAGGAUUAGCAACGGGCACGGCUGUUUUUUUGUCCGCUUUGCCCGCGCCGCCGGUACCGAAAAUUUCAGCGGGAAAUUCGUGGAAAGAUAGUAAAAAAUUAGCGGAAAUGCAAAAGCAAUUAUUGGAAACGGUGAAGAAAAGCAAAGAUUUCUACCAAAUAAAAAUUUGUCCGGAUUCCGACGGUCAUUUAAACGGGCGACGUCUUUCGGAAGACACAGACGAAUCUGAGGAUGAAUAUGCAGAUUUAGAUUUAUCGUUGGGAAAUAAAGAUACAUGCAUACUAGAGGUGGACGACGCCGAAGAUGCGGAUGUCGUUUCUUUGCUCAUCGAUCCGAUGCCACCAGAAGGUUUUCACGUCGUCAGCACGGAGACCGUACACGGUUUGGAAGAAUUCGAAAUUGUUAAAAACCUGCAAAUGUUCACACAAGUGUGGAGAGCAAAAAUACCAUUGGGACAACCCUUAAGUGCAUUCAAUCAACAUUUUAAUCGUCUUUUACAGAGCGUUUAUUUUAAACUCAGGCACAUGGUACCUUGCGCACUCAGCGAUUUGCAAUUCAAAGUGAUUUUGGAACAAGACGAAAUACAACUUAGCCUCCUCGGAAUGGCUUUGGGUCUCGGUGAGAACGAAUUGAAAAAGAAAAAACUCAAAAGUAAAUUAUUGCCGAGUCUGAGUAGGGAAACGGUUAAAAAAUCCGACGAUUCGGACUUGAUAUUCACCCUGGAAGAGGAUUCUAUAGGUCAAGUCAAAUCCAGGAAUCGAUCUCCCGUUCGUGGGGGGAAAUCCCUUUUGAAACACGUAAGAGUCCCCCUUUUAAAAAAAAAAUUUUUCAUUUGGAAAAUUCAUUUAUUAGCGAAUGACGAAAACAUUUUUUUUUUUUUUUAUUUUCAAAAGACUCCGCCUAGAAGUCGCUACGGUGUCGACAUCACUCCCCUUCCUUACGUACCUGGUGGAAAAAUAGAAAAAUAUUUAGGAAAUUUAAAUUUUUUUUUCAUUCGGGAAAGUACCUGCAUUCGAGAGGGCGGUGGACUAGGCGGAUUCAUUCACAGUUUCAUCACGGAGGUUUUGGCUAUCGUUAGAGCACACGUGACUGCACUCGGAGGAAAUGCGAUGGUCGCGUAUUUCAUGUCCGAAUGUUUUCUCUAUCAUUACCCGCACAAAAAUCAGGGACAAUGUCUCAUAAACGUCGGCGGUGACGUCGUUUACAUUUCGUAUUUUUCCGAAGAAUAA